AUGUGUGGAUGCACCCUCUACGACUCACCAACAUGCGGUCACUCCUGGAUUUCGAUGAGCCAACCCUGCGGCUUCCUCGCUGAUCUUCUCAACUGUCCCCACCGCCAGAUCUAUCAAACUUUGAUUGCACCGCCGUACACAUGUCCUACAUGCAACGGCGGCUUCGCAGACCAAGAGACGAUUGAAAUGGUGCAGGGACCCUGGGGCUGUAACCAGAUGAUUCGAAACCACGUCGGAGGAAACCAUGCAAUUCCAGGUCAAUGGGGCAAUGCGCAAAUCAUGGCAGGUGGAUUGGCAGGACCUGCAAUUACUUCCGGUGCCGUUGCUGGCGCGAUGAUUCCCACGAGCCAUGUAAACCAGGGCUUUGCUUCGGAUCAUAGGCUCACAGGUCCAUAUGGGCCGGCAGCACUUGGCCCAGCGAUAGCCACGAAUGGGCCAAUAUUCCACGGCAAUAGGCUUCAACAGUAUGACGACGUGCAUUUGAACCGGCAUCAUGGGUACUAUGUCGACGAGCGGAGCAAGAGAAGAAGACAUAAGAGUCACUACAAGUACAAGUACACUGACAGACCUGCACCGGAUUGUACAGUCAUGUGA